AUGACUGCGAUGAUUCCAUUGCCGCUCUACGUUACCUUGGAAUUCGUCAAGAUGCAUCAGGUCUGGCACAUCACCCAGGACAUCCAUCUUUACGAUCCGGCGACAAACCGGCCUAUCGAGGUGCGCUCUUUUAAUAUCCCUGAGGACUUGGGCCAGAUCCAAUACGUAUUUUGUGACAAGACGGGCACCUUGACGGAGAAUAAGAUGGAGUUUAAGCGCGCAAGCAUCAAUGGUUUCGAUUAUGUGGCUGAUGAAGGUGGGUUAUGCUUUCCCAAUCCAUACCACGGAUCUGUGUGUUGUAACGAUAGUUUCCCAUGCUACUGA